AUGGUUAUCGCGACCUAGGUACCUGUGGUGCUUUUAACUCCUUAGGGUAUCAUCGUUUUAGCGUCAGAGGACCACAUGUCAUCGUCGUCAUCCUUAGAUGAUUGUUGCUAAGAUAGAUUUUCAAUUCAGUAUCGCGUUUGGGCAAUGUUUUCUGUUGUGUCUGCGGAACAAGGCAGAUUCAUCUCUCCAUCCCAAUUCGACGGAAUCUCUGCCAUGCGCUCAUCUAGUUUUUCAUACUUUUUGAAGAAUAUAUGACGCAGAUUUAGCUCUUCGUAACAGGAAACCUGUUAAUCUUUAAGUGAGGGAAACUUAAAAUUGUAACAUCUGCAGAGCAAGUCUGCAGCGGUGAGACCCCAAGUAUUCAGACUAGAGAUUGACAUAUGUGAACGUAAACGGGAACGGGAACGGGAACGGGAUGAUGGGGCAAGAGUAUGCUUGAGACAAGUGAAUGACGCCUUGUCUGGAUGAUUCAUUAACAAGGGAUAAGUUUUGUACGUAGUCAUGUUAUCAGAGACGUUAACUAUCUAAUGUAUCGGCAAAAUGUCUCCCCAUUGAUUAUCAUCCCGUGGUGCCUGUAAGAAGAUUUAUGACUUUUACAUUUUUGACCCGACACUUCUACCGUUUAAUGAAUCAGAUAGUUUAUUUAUCUAUAUGUUGCGCCAUGUAUUUUCUUUCAAUGCAAUGGUUGCUUACAUGUUUCAGUCAAAGAAGAGGGGCCUUUCUUUGGAUGAGAAGCGGGAGCAGAUUCUUCAAAUAUUUUACGACUCAAAAAACUUCUAUCUUGUGAGUAUUAUGUCUUUGUAAGCGAGAAAAAAAUGGUUUAUUUGUCUUAUUGGACUUGUUAUAUAUUACAUUACCAAGAACGCUCAAAAUAGUAAUUUGUUGUAUAGCUUUAAUUUUGGAAAACAUGUGUCUUUUUUUAGUUUUUAUUAAAAAUUUCUUCCAGAUUCUUGCUUGGUAGUGGAAUAAAACGAUUCUAGAAAUUUAUUUUCCACAGUAGAAAUUCAUUCCAGGUUUUCCCCUCUGUUCUCAAGCCUGUCACUUGGAUAAUUGAGGAGCAUUGGUGUUAGCUCAUUCCUGCCACGUUUAGGUUAGAAAAUUUAUAUUUUUAAGCUCCUUGGUAGUCUAUCUUUCGUGAUCAUACUUUGCUACCUAAAUCCCGCAGCGUACGGAUUUUCAUAUGGAUCAAGAGUCCCAUGCAGAGAUAUUUAUCUUUAGUUUAGUCUUAGUAGCAGGUCUUCCUGGUUGAUAUUACAAAUCCGUGAGUUUAUAGCUCGGUCAAAUGGAUCGUCUCACUCCCUUCCCCAACAGAAAAGAAUCCUAAAACUUCAAGAAAUCACAUUUCAGCGUUAUGUUAUUUUAUUAUUCUCGUACGGAUGUAGAAAAGUACUUCUUAUUAGCCCUUUUUCUCGAGUUUUUUUCAUCUAAUUGGAAAUGCACCACAUUAAUCCAAAAGAUUUGACAAUUCAUGGGACUGAAAUACAUAAAAGUUCUCUACCAAUUGGUUUUGAGUUUGACAGCUUGGCAGAUCUUUAUUUGUUUUCUAUUAGUAUCAAUAUUGCACAUAUUUAUUUAUAUUAUUUGCUCAUUCUAUCCGGCACAUUGUCUAAUGUUGUAGUUCCGUGCUGUGCCAAAUAGCUAAAAGUAGGAUUUUGAAAUAUGUUCACAAGUGCAUGUCCUCCCAGGCCCUGCCAACGGUGGAAUAUUAGUUUGGAGUAUGUUCGUAAAGUUUCUCUAAUCUCCAGGGAUCAGCAUGGUCAAUUUUUUCCAAAUCUAAUAGGGUAAAACAUCUAGUGCAGAAAUGAGCACAAGCUCACACGCUGCUAAGGGAAAUGUGGUGUCAUAUAUAAGUUUAGAAAUUUAGGAGAGUGCAGGAAACAUGGACAAUAACCUGAAUUGGUUGAUAUUGAAGAGAAUCGUAAAGAAAAAAUAAAUUCGGCCUCAUUUUCUUGUAGAGAAUUAUUAAUGCCUUUAAGCUCCUUUUUCCGUUAAUGUCUUGUUUUCUUUGUGCAUUAUUUUUGUUUCUCUAAAUGCUUCCGUAUUUUAGCUGAAGGAGCUAGAAAAACUGGGCCCAAAAAGGGGUGUCAUCAGCCAGUCUGUAAAGGAUGUUGUUCAAAGCCUAGUUGACGAUGACCUUGUCUUGAAAGACAAAAUAGGCACCUCUGUGAGUUUAUCUCUUCGAACGAGUUUUUGAACUAUGAACUUUCAGUUCAGUUAUCUAAGCAUUCAAUGAGAAUGAUUGCUUAUGCUUGAAAAUUGAAUCCAUGCCCAUAUAUGUCCAUUUGCAGGUAUACUUUUGGAGUCUUCCAAGUUGUGCUAGCAAUCAGGUGACGAGUCAAAACACUUUCCAACGAUAAUGUUAUUAGAUAGGAGACAUAUGCCUUCUGUUUUUAACGAUGUUCUUAGUUUCGACUGGGGUGCUUUAUUUGAAACAGCUAAAGAACACAUACAGGAAACUUGAGUCUGACCUCGCAAACCGUACAAAGAGAUUGAAAGAGCUAGUUGAACAGCGUGAUAGUUUGAAGAGAGGCAGGGAAGAAUCUGUGAGACUUACUUAUAGAAUAGCUGACCCACCCUUCUUAUCCUUGAAUCAGAUUAUUGGCAUUUUCGAGGUCCAUGAAUAUGCUUGUAUUUCUUUUACAGGACGAGCGAGUGACUGCCUUAGAUGAGCUGAAGACGGUUGAAAUGCAACAUAAACGGCUCAAGGUUUAUAUCGCUUCCCCUCUUUUGUGAUUCAGUUUAGAUCUUCUCCUCUUCAACCUCUAUCUAGAUACUUGUCACCAGAUAUUUUCUGACCAUAUCAACAAUGCCUCCCUCCCACCAACCCCUACAUAGAUCGACUCUUCAAGAAAUCACUCGAACUGGUUGUAUUCGUGCUCGACAAACCUCAGUUCGGAGCAAGUUUGCUGUUGUCUGAAUAGAUACUAAUCAUUUUUUGUAUUGUAUUUUAGGAGCAACUAAGCUGCUAUGCAGACAAUGAUCCAGCUACAAUCGAAGCAAUGAGUAGGAACCCCACCACUUCUCUCCUCUUUACAAUUGGCCUCAAUGCAUUCCCUCUUCUUCUUCUUUUUUUUUUUAAUUGAAAAUUUCAAAUGGCAUUAAUUAAUUUGUCUUCUCAUUUAAUUUCUGGAUAACGGAUAUUUAUGUGCUUCUUUCAUAUUUACAAACAGUAGUGUAAUGAUUUUCUUGGCCGUUCAACAGGGAACGCAAUUGAGGUUGCUCAUUCUGCUGCCAACAGAUGGACCGGUCGGUGGUCCACCAUAAUCUCCCUUCACCUGCCCUCUCUCCUUUCUACCAUUGGCUCUUGCUGAUUUUGUAAAUCUCCUCCCAGACAACAUAUUUACAUUGCAGCAUUGGUGCUCAACAAGCUUUCCCCAGGCCAAGGAACAGUUGGUGCACUUAUACAGGGAGGUAAUAAUUCCAUUUUAAUCAUUUUAUUUGAUUCUUAAUUGGAACUAUGAGUAAGCCCAUGCUCAUGAAAUUAUGGUAGAGAAAGAAGCCAAGAUGGAAAAAAUAAAAUAAAAUAAAAUAUAUUGUAAUUUGUAAUUUGAUGAGUUCAGAGUAACCCUGUUUCAUUAUCUUCACCCAUGUGGUUGAGUCAAAAGGUGCUAUAUUUUCUUCUUUAUAUGAAUAUAUGUCCAGUUCAAACCAUUUCAUCGUGCUGAUUAGAAGAUGAUGCCACGUUAUUAUCAUCCUUUUAUCUCAUAUGUCACUGUGCUAUAUAUCUGGAUAUGAAAGUCGCCACUCUUGGAAGAUAGUCUAUGUUAUCUGACGUCGUCUAAUGUGGAACUUGCAGGCCGGAAUUAAUGAAGAUUUUGAGUACUUGCAGUGA